UUCUUAGUAUAGUGUAUAGUAUGCGAAUCCGUUUAGAUUCUUCUUCAUCCACCCUCCUCCUAUUCACACCAACACACACAGAUCUACUUCUCUUUACUUUCAUUCAUUCGUUAACCCACUCUUACAAAUCUACCUACGAAACAAUUUCCAAUUUCUAUUACAAACACCAUUACCCUUCAGAUUCAAUUAACUUCAAAUCAAAUCUCACCGAUUAUAAAGAUCUACGACGUCGUUUUGAGGAACAACAACAACAAUAAUAAAAAUAAAAAAUAAAAAAUGGGUGCGAAUCACUCAGUUGAAGGGGGAAAUGAUAGCGAAGAUGAAGAAGAAGAACAAGAAGAAGAUGAAGAGAGGAACAUUAACGGCCACAUAAGUGGGUCCCAAUUAAACAACCAUCUAAUUGUUAAGAAGGUUCUAGAACAAGAACCAGAGAUGCUUCCAUGCCACGCGUCAGCAUCUCCGCUUUCUCCGCAACUUUCAUCUCUCGGAACACCGCGUCUCGGUCCUUCAAUCAAGGUUUGGGAUCCUUACAAUGUUCUCGCUCCGCCGCCGACUACGCCGUUGCAGUCCCCUCCACCGGUGAUGUUCUCGCGUGGAUUCUCGUCGGCGAGUGGUGCGGCGGUGGAGGAUGAGGUUGUGGAAGUUUUUUUGAUCUGUCAUGGUGAGUGUGAGUUGAAUUUGGCCACGGAUUUGGUCGGUGGUAGGUGUCCGGCUGCGAUGUUGACGCCGAACGGGAAGAGGCAGGCGAGGGCUUUGGCUGUGUUUCUUAAAUCUCAAGGGGUUCGGUUUAAUGCCGUUUAUUGUUCUCCGUUGGAUCGAGCUAGGUCAACUGCGGUUUCCGUGUGUAAGGAAGUCAAUUUUUCAGAGGAACAAAUUCAAUCCUCAGAUUCUCUUUCCGAGAUUAGCCAAGGAAAUUGGGAGGGCUGCCUUCGAUCAGAAACAUACACACCUGAAGUUAUGGGAUACAUUGACCGGUUCCAACCAGAUUUUACUGCACCUUCUGGAGAAUCACUUAGACAAGUCGAAUUCCGGAUGAUUCGCUUUUUAAACGAUACUGUCCUGGGGUUACAUGAAAAAUUGAGAUUAGUUUUCUCGCCACAUCAAAAUGACAGCCAGACAUUUUCUCAGCACAAUUCCCAUGCUAUGACAAACUCAAUUCAUGACCAAGAUGGACCACCUUCUCUCCAUUCAAACCAAUGGGAUUCUCUCAACAGACAUCGACCUGCGUUCUCGAGGAAAAAAUCUGGUAAAAGCAGGUUACAAUUUGUGACAACCACUGGAGAUGAGAUCGAAGACGAAAUUGCUUCUAGCAACAUAAACCACCAAAGUUCACUGCAUAAUUCUAGUUUCAGCAGCUUUUCACCAUCUGUUUCUUGUAUAGGACUAUUUACUCAUUCUGUGCCAAUCAAGUGUCUCCUUACUGGUCUUCUUGGAUGUAGCUCUCAGAUGUCACAUAAAUUCUGCAUAGAAGACUCUUCAGUGACUGUGUUGCAGCAUUCUCUGAGAUCUGGUUGGCAGAUAAAAAAGCUGAAUGAUACAGCUCAUCUUAGGCUUCUCUAGUUAAAGCUGUACACAGCCACCAUCUUAAUUUUUGGCAUUGCUUUGGAUUAUAAAUUUCUUUUGGUUGUUGAUAAUCACCAGUUCUCCAGAUUUUUCACCUUUGUUUGAUUGUAACCUUUAUUUAUUUCUGCAGUUCUCGAUUCCAAAAGAGGAAUGGUGCAGUAGUUGGAUUGUUGUAUCAAUUGUUUUUGGUUUAAAGUAUUACUAAAGUUGUUGCUACUAUACAUCUACUUGCCGGUGUAUCCAUGUACUUUCAAAGGAUAUAAUUGUUUUGGAAUUCAAUAGCAUUGCUAAUAUACAUGA